UUCCUACGUCUUAGGCGACGGAAGCUGCUUACCUAUCAAACAGUUUCAAAGAUGGCUCUUGCUAGUGUGUUGAACAGUGAUUGUGCGGAUUUUUCUUUUGAUAAUUGUCAGCCUUUUGCGUUCGGUUGUGGACCCGGGAAGAGCGGUCUGGAUCUUGAGGGUGCUCCGGGAGACAGCCUCAGUUUUUCCGUCAAAAACCCGGUGUGUGCGGGGGACGAGGAUGGCGUCGAGAGGAAAAUAGAGUUUCUGCAUGGAACCACCACCUUAGCAUUUAAAUUCCAGCAUGGUGUUAUUGUUGCGGUGGACUCUCGGGCCACAGCGGGCUCUUACAUUGCGUCGCAGACAGUGAAGAAGGUGAUUGAGAUCAACCCCUACCUGCUGGGUACCAUGGCUGGAGGAGCCGCAGACUGUAGCUUCUGGGAACGUCUGUUGGCCCGCCAGUGCCGCAUCUAUGAGCUUCGCAACAAGGAGCGCAUCUCGGUGGCAGCAGCCUCCAAGCUGCUCGCUAACAUGGUGUACCAGUACAAAGGCAUGGGACUCAGCAUGGGAACCAUGGUGUGUGGCUGGGACAAGAGAGGCCCAGGGCUGUACUACGUCGACUCAGAGGGAAACAGAGUGUGUGGCGACCUUUUCGCCGUGGGUUCAGGCUCCAUGUACGCUUAUGGUGUAAUGGACAGCGGCCUGCGACACGACCUGACCGUGGAGGAGGCCUGUGAGCUAGGCCGCCGCGCCAUCUACCAGGCCACAUACCGUGACGCCUACAGCGGUGGCCAGGUCAACCUGUACCAUGUCCACAGCGAGGGCUGGACCAGGGUCUCCCAGGAGGACGUGCUCGUGCUGCACCACCAGUACAAGGAUCAGGCAUAGUCAGUAAUAGGGAGGAUUAGGAGUUAAUUCUAGUAUCCAAUGUUUAAUGUGUUCUGAAAUGUAAGUAGGGUUGACACAUGAAUAAAAAGGACUCAUCUGCUGAUUGAUCUCCACUUGUAUCACUUCUGUGACCCAUUUUGAUUUGUUGCUAGCUUAAAGCUUUAUAUUGUACAUUUUUAACAAUUUCAGUGAGCUUCACUCACCCUGCACAGAGUAUGAUUUGAGGGUCUGCAGAGAGGGGGCCGAUGACUCAAACAUGCUUUAAUACAGUGUGGGAGUAGUGUGGUGCUUGCCCUACAUACAUUUAAUUUGGAUCAUACCCUGGGAAACUACUGCUUCUUUCUCAAUAAAACCUGUGAUGUUCUUUUUUUCAA